CCUUCCUUCUAUAUAUAUUCCUUCCCUAUUCCAACACAAACACAACUCUUUCUGCUACUUCUUAGUCAACAAACCAAACCAAACACACAAAAAAAAAAACAAAAAAAAACUUCUUUCCCUUCUCUCCUCUCUAAUUAAAGAGAAAAAUGGAUGCAACAAGUUCUGUAGAUGAAAGCACCACGUGCACAAAUGACUCGCUUUCCAUAACCCUAACCCCGGCGACACCCGCGUCGCCAUUCACCGCCACAUCGAAGAAGCUGUCACCGCCGCCACCAAACAGCUUAUGUCGUGUCGGCAGCGGUGCCAGCACAAUCGUGGAUCCGGACGUCGGUGGCGGCGUCACCGAAGUGGAGUCACGAAAACUCCCUUCCUCAAAGUACAAAGGUGUGGUUCCCCAACCAAACGGACGUUGGGGCGCUCAGAUUUACGAGAAGCAUCAACGCGUUUGGUUGGGGACCUUUAACGAGGAGGACGAGGCCGCUAGAGCCUAUGACAUCGCAGCACAACGGUUUCGUGGCAAGGAUGCCGUCACCAACUUCAAGCCCCUCGGCAGUGUUGUGUCCAACAACACCGCGGUCGACGACGAGGAUUUCGAGAGCGAGUUUCUCAACUCGCAUUCAAAAUCCGAGAUCGUGGACAUGCUGAGAAAACACACGUACAAUGACGAGCUGGAGCAGAGCAAGCGGAGCCGCGGCCUCAUAGGGCGGCGGCUCAACCGAGCUGCGGGUAACGGAGGUUCUGCGGGGAUGAUGUCUUCAUCCGGCGCGUGUGGAGGGAAGGCGCGUGAGCAGUUGUUCGAGAAGGCCGUUACGCCAAGUGACGUGGGAAAACUGAAUCGGUUAGUUAUACCAAAACAACACGCGGAGAAACACUUUCCCUUACAAAACGGUUGCGGCGGAGCUGGCGGCGGAGUAGUUACGGCGGCGAAGGGCGUUUUGCUGAACUUCGAGGACGUCGGAGGAAAAGUGUGGCGGUUUCGUUACUCGUACUGGAACAGUAGCCAGAGCUACGUGCUAACGAAAGGGUGGAGCCGGUUCGUUAAGGAGAAGAACCUGAAAGCCGGUGACACGGUUUGUUUCCACCGGUCCACUGGACCGGACAGGCAACUGUUUAUAGACUGGAAGGCGAGGAGUGUUGGUAAUGAUGGGGUUGGGUUUUUCGGACCGGUUGGACCGGUUUUAGAGCCGGUUCAGAUGGUUCGGCUCUUUGGUGUUAACAUUUUAAAGCUUCCUGGAUCUGAUGCCGGUGAUAGCAAUAACAAUAAUAUUUUGAAUAUGAAUAAUGAUAAUAAUGUUGCUGCUUCAAUUGGUGGGUGCUUCAAUGGGAAGAGAAAAGAGAUGGAACUGUUUACGUUGGAGGGUAGCAAGAAGCCUAAGAUCAUUGGAGCUUUGUAACAUUCAGCUUCCACUUUAAUUUUUUCUUUUUAAUUUAGUGCUUCUUUUUUCUUCAUUUUAUUUGUUUUUAGUUUUUAGUUUUAGUUGAGUUUUGUGACUGAUGAUGAAAGGAAUGGAGGGGGGGAGGGGGGGGGGGGGAGGAAGAUGGUGCAGUUGCAAGUUGCAAAUUGUAAAUUAAUUAGAAGAAGAAGAAGAUGAAAUUAGGUGUAACAGAUCGAAGUGUACAAGGGAAAAAAAAAGGAAAUAAUAAUGAAGGAUAAAUGUUCAAUUGUA